CUCUCGCUCUAUUCUUCUCUAUCGGACAGCAGACGCUGAUACUCUGCUCAGCGGUUAGAGAGAGCACUCACUAAACAAAAAUGGCACAAUUCUGGAAGCCGGGAACUGAGCGGCCCCGCCUCGUCGACGACGAAGACGGCGGCGUUCUCCUCUACUCUUCCACUCCUUCUUCCUCCUCCGGAUUUGGAUACGGAAAUAUAGAGAAACAGAGGCAGAGGCUACCGGUGCACAAGUACAGAACUGCCAUUCUCUAUCUGGUGGAGACUCAUGCCACCACUAUCAUCGUCGGCGAAACCGGCAGUGGGAAAACAACUCAGAUUCCUCAGUAUUUGAAAGAAGGUGGUUGGGCAGAGGGAGGGCGCAUGAUUGCUUGUACUCAACCGAGGAGAUUGGCUGUGCAGGCAGUUGCAUCUAGGGUUGCUGAAGAGAUGGGAGUAAAACUUGGUGAAGAAGUAGGAUAUACAAUUCGAUUUGAAGACAUUACAAAUACGGACUUAACUAGAAUCAAAUUCCUAACUGACGGAGUAUUGCUGAGGGAAAUGAUGGAUGAUCCUCUACUGAGCAAGUAUAGUGUGAUAAUGAUAGAUGAAGCACAUGAAAGGUCUAUUUCUACUGACAUCUUAUUGGGACUUCUGAAAAAGAUUCAACGGCGCCGGCCUGAGCUGCGUCUAAUCAUUGCUUCAGCCACAAUAGAAGCAAAAUCGAUGGCAGAUUUUUUUAGUACCAGAAGGCGUCGCCUAUCAGAGCAGGAGGAGAAUGGACCUAGUAGAGAACCUGCCAUUCUCUCAGUAGAGGGCAGAGGAUUUAAUGUGGAGGUUUUUUAUGCUGACAAUCCCGUGUCUGAUUAUGUCCAAUCUGCUGUUUCAACAGUGUUGUCAAUCCAUGAUCAUGAGCCAAUGGGAGAUAUCUUGGUGUUCCUCACUGGACAAGAUGAUAUUGACACUGCAGUUCAGAUGCUUACAGAUGAAGUCCAUAGUAAACAAAAGAAAGGGUUGAUUUUUGUACCACUCUACUCAGGACUCCCACGAGCGGAUCAGGAUAUUGUGUUUACUCCAACUCCCAGAGGAAAGAGGAAAGUGAUAAUAUCAACAAAUAUUGCUGAAACAUCAUUAACUUUAGAGGGUAUUGUCUAUGUGGUUGAUAGUGGAUUCUCAAAACAACGGUUCUACAAUCCGAUUUCAGACAUUGAGAAUUUAAUAGUGGCCCCCAUAUCCAAGGCUUCAGCUCGACAAAGGGCUGGUAGAGCUGGAAGAGUUCGACCUGGAAAAUGUUUCAGGCUCUAUACUGAAGAAUAUUUCUUAAAUGAGAUGUCUACCCAGGGAAUUCCUGAGAUACAGAGAUCAAGCCUUGUUUCAUGUGUUAUUCAGUUAAAGGCCUUGGGCAUUGACAAUAUAUUAGGGUUUGAUUGGCCUGCAUCUCCAUCACCUGAAGCAAUGAUUAGAGCACUUGAGAUAUUGUACUCACUUGGAGUACUUGAUGAUGAUGCUAAACUCACUUCACCUGCUGGAUUUCAAGUUGCUGAGAUUCCAUUAGACCCAAUGAUCUCGAAGAUGAUCUUGGCUUCAAGUGAAUCUGGAUGUUCUGAGGAAAUUAUUACCAUUGCUGCGGUUCUCUCAAUACAGUCCAUCUGGAUUUCCCUGAGGGGAGUACAAAAGGAAAUGGAUGAAGCGAAGUUGAGAUUUGCUGCAGCUGAGGGUGAUCAUGUCACUUUCUUAAAUGUGUACAAAGGAUUCAUUCAGUCAAAUAAAUCUUCAAAGUGGUGUCAGAAGAAUUUUAUUAACUAUCAUGCCAUGAAAAAGGUUAUGGAAGUUAGGGAACAACUAAGAAGGAUUGUGCUGCGCUUGGGCUUAAGUCUGAAAUCUUGUGAAGGGGACAUGCAGGCAGUAAGGAAAGCAAUUACAAUGGGAUUUUUUGCUAAUGCUUGUCGUUUAGAAGCAUUCAGCCACAAUGGCAUGUACAAGACUGUCAGAGGUUCUCAAGAAGUUUAUAUUCAUCCUUCAUCUAUUUUAUUCAGGGUCAACCCGAAGUGGGUGAUAUACCAAUCUCUUGUUUCAACUGAUCGUCAGUACAUGCGCAAUGUCAUUUCCAUAGAUCCUUCUUGGUUGCGAGAGGCAGCUCCGCACUUCUACCAACCUCAACACCCCAAUUCUAUCCCUCGUUGAUUCGUCUCCUCUUUCUUACUCCCAGAAAGUUAGCCUGAUAUUGUAUAUGCAUUAGCUGAGCAUUCACUUCUCCCUUUGGUCUGUUGUCACACUCUUUCCACUUUUCUGGCUACAGUUCAUGGAUGGUCAUUGGAAUGUCUCUGCCUGAGCCUUGAAGUAGAUAUAGUAUUCACUUUGAGUGAUGAGGAGAACCCGCAGCCACUAUUUGAGGAUGUACACCGAGUAAACUCACAUUGUGACCUUAGUUGACAAAGGAUCACAAUGAGGUAAAUCAGCUUAGGUUGUCUAUAGCCGCGAUCUGCUCAAACCAAGAAUGCUAAUAGACCACUCUUGUUGAGAGUUAAACUUGUAACCUUGUGAUUAUUAAGUCAACAACUUAAUCAACUUGGUCAGGGUUGUCCCCUAUAAUUUUCACCUUUUAGUUCUUGGUACUUGGUAGAAGUUUUGGGUCCAUUUUGUAGGUUUCUUUUUUUGGUACAAAAUCAUGUACUUAUAAAUUAUUGAUAUCUGUAUUUG